CACCCUGGGCGUGUGUUGUCAUUGUCAAUAAGAAUCUCGUGUAAAACGGAUCAAGUCGUCCUGGAGUUCAAGUUCUUCGAGUCGCCCUCGUCCGCCCAAUAGACCCGCCUACGAAUCCGACCCCCUACUCACACCCUGGUUCACCCGGCCCACCAAUUCGCCCCACUGGCUUCCUUUUGAUCUCCAAUCCCACCUUCAUCAUUCCCGAUUCCACGUCCAUGGCGUCCAACAAAUUUCAGGCCCUGGGUGCGGGCCUGAGCGAAGACGAAGAGGACAAUGCUCACGAGAACAUCGCUCACACGGCGGCCAUGUCCGUCAAGGUCAAGCCGUUAGAGGUGCCACCGGAUGAGAAUCCUUUGCAAUCGACGUAUUGCUUGUGGUUUACGAGGAAGCCUUCGUGCAAGCAUUUUGACCAGAGUCUCCGGCAAGUGGGUCGCUUUGCGUCGUGUGAGCAGUUCUGGCGUCUCUACAGUCACUUGGUUCGUCCGGGCGAUCUCCAGUCCCACUCGGAUUUCCACCUCUUCAAGGAGGGCAUCAAGCCCAUGUGGGAAGAUGAGGUCAAUCGCUACGGGGGUAAAUGGAUUGUGCGCUUGCGCAAAGGUCUCGCCUCGCGAUGUUGGGAGAAUCUCAUCUUGGCCAUGUUGGGCGAACAGUUUAUGGUCGGGGAUGAAGUCUGUGGUGCGGUCGUGUCCAUUCGAUCUCAUGAGGACAUACUCUCCAUUUGGAAUCGAAGUGCCAGCGAUUCGGCCGCCACCAGUCGGAUUCGGGACACCUUUCGACGCGUUUUGAAUUUACCACCGGGAACACACAUCGAGUACAAAGCCCACAACGACUCCAUCAAAGAUUUGUCAAGUUUCAGAAACACAGAUGUCUUCACGCGGUAGCUGGAUCACCUUUCUAGCAUGACCUGUAGUCCUUCCUCGGUCCCCAUGGGAGGCAAUGAAGAACGGUGAAUCCGGGAAAUUCGACAAGAGAUACGUGAAUAAAUCUAUGACCUUGAGA